UCUCUCUAAAGUCCCCUACGUAGCAGAGUAGCAGGAGAAGAUGGCGUCGAGAGGUCCAUUAGAGGUGAAAGUAAGCAUCUCGUCGGCAAAGGACCUCAAGAACGUCAACUGGCGUUACGGAACCCUCCAGCCUUACGCCGUCGUCUGGUUAGACCCAAAAUCCAAAUUAUCCACCCGCGUUGACCCCAGCGGCGACACCUCUCCAGUAUGGGAUGAGACACUUGUCAUCCCUCUCUACCCUCCUCUGGAAGACCGCAAAACACUUUUCAUCGACAUCGUCCACGCCAAUGCAACCGGCGACACCAAGCCCUUGAUCGGCUCCGCCCGUCUCCGCCUCAAGGAGAUCCUUGAUGAUGUGGGUUUUGGACAGCCACUGCACCGUACUCUGCGGCUCAACCGCCCAUCAGGCCGUCCCCAUGGGAAAGUCGAGGCUAGUAUUACAGUCCGGGAUCCUCGCUAUCGUGAACCGGACCCGUACCCGUACAUUGCUGCACCCUAUGCGGUUCCUCCCUCUGUGCCUGCUUACGGUUACUCAUAUGCCCCACAGGCGGCAGGAGGGUACCCAUCCUACGACUCUGGGCCCUACGGGCAAGGUGGGAGUGGAUAUGCGGGGAGGGUGGAGAAGAGUGAGAAGAGUAAGAGUAAAUAUGGGGUGGGGACGGGUUUGGCUGUAGGUGCGGUUGCAGGGGUUCUGGGUGGGCUAGCAAUAGCGGAAGGUGUUGACUACGUGGAGGACAAGAUCGCCGAUGAUGUGGCCGAGCGAGUUGAGGAUGGUGACGGCUCGGAUCAUGGCGGAUAUGGCUAUGAUGAUGAUGGAUGUGGUGGCGAUGACUACUAAACUCUUUUUUCGGUUUGGCGGGUCGGUUCGGGUCUUCUAUUAUGACUAGUAUUCCUGGGCGGGUGUUUUUUUAGUGUUUUCGUGUCUCAUUUGGACUCGAUCUGAAACCGUUAUGGAUCGGUCCUCAGAUUUAUUGUUAGUUUCACUUUAU